AUGUUGACCCAGCACCUAGACCACCAAGCCGUGGCUGUGCUAACAUGGCGGACGUUCGAAGCGGGAAAGGACCGCCUGUGGACGGCGUUGAACAUCCCGGAUGACGUCAACGCUGCCAUUGGGCUGUACAACUCGUCCAACGUGGACAGCAAGGCGUGCGACACCCCCGGCGCCAACUUCCCCGACGUCUCGACCUCGGCGUGGCCACCGGACCAAGGACACUUGGUGAAAGCUGCCCAAGUGAACCCAGCCCUGGUCACGAGCAACGUGUACCACAAGCUCCAAGUGAGUGCCGGACGCGACGCGUAUGCAGAUUUGGGCCUCAUCGACGGCAAGGAAUCUCUCCACUGA